AUGGCUCUGUAUCUGUAUGCUGUGACCCAAGUUAUAUUCAUCAUAACCAUUUUGUUAGUCAGGGUGCAGUUUGGAAACACCAUAUCAGAUGACCCAGAGCAACAGAAACUAUUUCAGUGUGUGUCAGGAAAUAUGGAUAGCAAAAGGGUUCGACUGUACCUCGGCCUGGACAAUCUGGUGGUGGAUUGCAUGCUACGGAAGAAACCAGGUGGCUCAGCUAGACAGUACCAGAACCAACUGAAGCUCUACACAUCAUCUGGUCUCCUGCCCACCAUGGCCAUCUAUAACAGCACUAACUCAGCCACCUUCUCCUUUAAAUUAAUUAUGAAUGCAUCCACCUGGAGAGUGAACGUCCCCAGAUACAACAUAACUAUCAACACAGUGGCAGCACCUGUGGAUGAGUGGUAUGUGGAAUUCAGUAUGUUCCAUGGCUUCUCUAUGUUCAGCAGCAAGGGAUCCAUCCUGGACACACUGAAGGGAACACUACUGGACGUGGCCAGAGAGCCCAUCCUGCAGUGGACGAUAGGGGAGGAGUUGUCGUCUCGUAUCAUUGAACCACAUCUCCACCGGGUCCUGCAACUACAGGUCAGCCAGAGUCCCUGUGCCGGUGAUGUGGCUGUGUUGGCACCUGUCUUCGCUCCAGGAGGACACACAGGGGUGAUUCUCAGUGUCACCAGAUCUGCCUUCACCGCUCAGGGACGAUGGUUCAACGCCACAAGAUCACUAUGUAGCUUGAUCAAUGAAGUGUGUGUGUCUGGCUGUGCGGGGAUCUCCAUCGUGGACCUGAAGCUGACCAACUGUCACCUGUUCCUGCUGACCAACCGGGGGCUCUUCAUCAGCCAGGAUCUCCUUUCCCCUGUCACAGGCACUCUCAAUUUCACCUUGCUGUUCCUCCCUGCACUGGCUCAGAUGGACUACUCUGCCACCACCUUGUGGUUUUCCUCUCAAUGUGUGACAGAUCGCAUCUAUUUCAGUGAUGACACACUCAGUUUGAUUUCCAAUGAAGGUGAAGGUGAAAACCUGCAUUCUAGGUGUGUGUACAGUAAGUACCCCUUCACGAGGUGGUUCCUGUGCCAGGCCUCCGCUGUUGACAUCGCGAAGAACCCCAAACACCGUUACCUGUCCUUCCUCCAUGACCGUCACCAACACACUGGCCUACUGCUCUCACACACUGAGCAGGAGGGUGCGAUGGUGUCAGUGUUUGGUGUAAAGGCAGAGGAACUCUUUCAGCGUCACACCAAGUUCCCCCCGGUGAUUCUAGACUUCCAGCCCAGAGGGAUCUUCCUAUUGGACAACCAUGUUAUCCUGUACGGCUCAGAGGUGUGGACAUCGUCAGAUAGAGGCUCUACCUUCACGUGGGUGUUCUCUCUAGACAAUCAGAUCGUGAUAGACGCGCUGAGCUGUACUGUCAUUGGCGUGGUAGUGUUCUUCACUGACCAUGGAAACCUCUACAUCAUGAAGUCAGGUCUUGCCAGGUAUGCGUGGUUGAACGAGACCCUGGAUGUAGCCAGUACUCUACUGUGUGGUCACAUGGGCAUCCUAAUUGCUGUUCAGCUGGACAAAGACAAACCCAGUGGCUUUAGCUACAGGAACAUCGAGAUAGACCACCUCAUAGAGAAACAUGAGAUGAGUUUUGACAAAGCCCUGGCCCUCCAGUACACCACAGACCACACAGUCCUGCUCCACGAGAACGCUGUCAUCAAUGACCAUGCUAACGGAAACAACCUCCAGGGCAGGAACAACCCUCUCACCGUGGCACCUGCCAGCCACUUCUCACCUGACCACGUGGGCAAGGUCAUCUACUUCAGUGACGGAGGCAUGGUGGUGAUCACAGAGGUGUUCCGGACUCACUAUCUGAAGGGGUUCUCUGGGGUUGUCGUCGGGGAGAUCCUGGAGCCAAUCAAAGGAGCCAGCUUGAAUGCGGAGCCUGUGCAGUUAUAUGACCUGUUGGUGAAGAAGGGGGAGCCCGAGGGGCUCAUUGUUACACUGCAGCUCAAAGACCUAGAUCCGUCCCAGGGGUUUAAUUUGUCCCACGUGGGGAAGGCUGUGGUAGCACCAGGCUUCAGCAGUUACCUCAUCACAGGGCUGCUGCCCAACGGCAGUGCCCUAGCCAAACCCACCAUGCCAGCCCUCGUGCUCCCCUUGACCAGCCACCGGUCAGGAGAGUGGCUGCUCUUCCACUCUGCAGGUUACUGCCGGGGGAGCUGGGGGAUGAAGGAGGGGCCAUGUCGUCACGCCCUGCAGUCAUUGAACGGUGUGAGGAAUAACGCUCUGAUGAGGAUCAACGUCAGAGAAAAGCUCAACUUCACCUUCAAGGCCUUCAUGUCCGACUACUCUUUGUCCAUGGUGUACCAUAAGAAGUUCAUGCGUGUGGUUCUGACCAACCCUCUGGCCAUCCGAGUCACAGCCAGACACUCCUGGGACGACACCAACAACCACAUGCUCACCCUCACCGCCUUCAGUCACCUCUGCAAGAAGGCAACCACCACAGUGACGGUAUACAUCCCAGAAGCCUCUCUGUUGUGUAGGUCCUCCUCCUUCACCUUCACGCUACAGAACUCCUGCCCCGAGGGACUCCAAAUCGUCUAUGUCUCCCAACAGCCAAUCAGUGACCACGAAUGGAUCCACGCGGAUCCCGAGGAUCACAUGGACAACAAGAGGCUCUUCAACCUGCCUGUGAACUACCGGCCUCCCUCCCAACUAGGUGUUUUAAUCCCGACCUCAGACAACAUCUAUAACGCUGACCCAAGUCAUCCCCGCCCCAGAGAACACUACCCCAUCUCCAAGAACUCUGGUCGCUAUAAGCAGUGUGCAGGGAAAAGGUCCGCAGAGGAAUGUGGCUGCACAGACAUACUGAAAGUCUCUCCUCUGGCCAUCAACUCUGACUGCAGACAGAGGGUCCUGAGGCUAACGUUUCCUGUGACUGACUUCAACAUCACCCUGUUCCUGAGGAGAACCAACCACGCUGACCACCCGCUCUGCUCUCCUUACUUUGUUACUGUCACAGAGGUCAACAACCGGACCAGCUGGAAGGUCACAGGGACCCAUGCCACCCCCACCAUGGACAGGAUGAGACAAUAUCUUGAAGACAGUCUAAAGAACAAUCUCUACAACCCAGAAGGACUGCAGAUCAGCCUAUAUGGCUCUGAGCUUUUCCACUUCCGUAUCUCUGUCAUUCCUGGAGUUGUGUUGUGUGACCUAGUGGAGGAGGUACAGAUCUACGUAGACGAGCCUCCGCUGGCGUUCCCAACCCAACACCUCGUCAACAACAUGGCAGCCAUCAUCCUGGGAGGCCUGCUGCUCUUUGGCUUCCUUCUCAUAUACAACGGCGUUGCCAUGCCAACCAAGAGCAGCCUCAAAACCCUCCUCAAGAAACACAAGCCCACCAUCUCGCCAACCAGAACCCAGAACUCUACCACGACACAGGGACCUGAGUAG